UUCUCGGCUCUACCAUGCUCGGCCAUUUCCCGGCAUCGAACUUUUGCGACGGUCUCAAAUGUACAGGGCGAUGGACUGGGACCAUUACAAGAAUAUGAUCGCCGUGUUGAAACGGGCGCAUUGAGGAAUGAUGAGCACCAGAGAGGUAUCAUCGAGAACCUCCAGCAUCUCCACGACGAAUUACGAAACUACCAUGCGACGCCCGUGCAGCGCCCAAGCCUAGAGCUACUUAAACCAGCCAAGAAGUCGGUAUUCUCUUCCUUGUUUGGUCAACAAAAAUCAAAAGAGAGUGCCAUUGGUGAAAUUCCCACCGACUUGCCGAGGGGACUAUACCUAUAUGGCGACGUGGGCAGCGGCAAGACCAUGCUGAUGGAUCUGUUUUAUGACACCCUCCCGCCCUCGGUUAAGACCAAGACUCGGAUACACUUCCAUAAUUUUAUGCAAGAUGUGCAUAAAAGGUUACACAAAUUGAAGAUGGAGCAUGGGACUGAUGUCGAUGCUGUACCGUUCGUCGCUGCGGACAUUGCCCAGCAAGGAAAUGUUCUGUGCUUUGACGAAUUCCAAUGCACAGACGUCGCAGACGCGAUGAUCUUGAGAAGACUAAUGGAGUGUCUCAUGUCCCAUGGCGUGGUGUUGGUGACAACCUCUAACCGUCACCCAGAUGAACUGUACAAGAACGGUAUCCACAGAGAAUCAUUUAUCCCUGCUAUCACUCUCCUCAAGACUCGUCUCCAUGUCAUCAACCUCGACUCUCCAACAGACUAUCGCAAAAUUCCUCGGCCACCAUCUGAUGUGUACCACACACCCCUUGACGCACAUGCAAACUCCCACGCAGAGAAGUGGUUUCGCUUCCUUGGUGAUGCAGAGAACCCGGAGCCGCAUUCCGAGACGCAAUCAGUCUGGGGACGCGAUAUCCUUGUCCCCCGUGUGAGCGGGCGGUGCGCUUGGUUCACAUUUGACGAGCUGAUCAGGCAGCCCAAGUCAGCCGCCGACUACUUGGAGUUGGUACGGCAUUACGAUGCUUUCGUCGUCACUGAUGUACCAGGAAUGAACAUCCAGCAACGUGAUUUAGCCCGCAGAUUCAUUACCUUCAUCGACGCAGUAUACGAGGGACACUCCAAGCUUGUCCUCACCACCGAGAAGCCACUCGCGGAACUCUUUGUUACCAAGGAUGAGAUUGCCGAAAGCCUCUUGAAGCAAAACCCAAAGAGUGGCUCUAACGCUAUUGAGGAGUCAACCGAGAAUCUCAUGGGUGACAUCCAGAACAGCGUCGAGAAGCUAAAGGAUUCAGAUCUCUUCGCGGGUGCAGAGGAAGCGUUUGCCUUCGCUCGAGCACUCAGUCGCCUGACCCACAUGCAGAGCAAGGAAUGGGUCGAGCGCGGACUGGGUCUGGAGUCAAAGGGCGGAAAGCCGGAGAAAGACAGCUGGACCAAGACCAGGAGCCGCCAGUACGAAGAUUCCAUGUGA